GUCAUGAACGCGCAGGGUGAGUUAAUCGAUGCCAGAGUGAUUUAAACAUGGCGCUGCUCGGCAGAGGUUGCGCUGUUGCGGGACGAAUUUCGUCUAAUCGUCUGUUUUUACCGUCGAAAUGCUUUGAGGGGUCUAGUGUUUACUGUAAGAGACUGAUCACUGCCGCCAGCACAUCAUCCACACUCACUGAGAAGAAGAGAGACAUUAAAGAGGACGGCCUGAACCUGCAGGACUUCAUAUCUGGAGAGCUGUCGGAGAAGAGCAGCUGGGAGGAAUACAGAGGCAGCCUGAAGAGACAGAAGGGAGAACGGCUACGGCUGCCACCGUGGCUCAAAACAGAGAUCCCUAUAGGAAAGAACUACAACAAGCUGAAGAACACGCUUCGGGACCUGAACCUGCACACAGUUUGCGAGGAGGCCCGGUGUCCCAAUAUCGGGGAAUGCUGGGGUGGAGGAGAGUAUGCCACUUCCACAGCAACCAUAAUGUUAAUGGGAGACACAUGCACACGCGGCUGUAGGUUUUGUUCAAUUAAAACAGCCAGGAAACCUCCGCCUCUUGACGCUGAGGAGCCGUAUAACACUGCAAAAGCCAUCGCAGCGUGGGGACUGGACUAUGUGGUCCUCACAUCAGUGGACAGAGAUGAUAUUCCUGAUGGUGGGGCUGAACACUUCGCAAAGACCGUCUCCUAUAUUAAAGAAAGGAAUCCUAAAAUCCUGGUGGAGUGUUUGACCCCGGAUUUUCGUGGUGACCUGGCAGCGGUGGAGAAAAUCGCUCUGUCUGGGCUCGAUGUUUAUGCUCACAAUGUAGAGACGGUCAGAGAUUUACAGAGACAUGUGCGUGACCCCCGUGCGAACUUCAACCAAUCACUGAGUGUUUUACGACAUGUUAAAAAAGUGAAAUCCAGUGUGCUCACGAAGACGUCCCUCAUGCUGGGCCUCGGCGAGACGGACGCACAGAUACACGCAGCUCUGAAAGAUUUUAGGGAGUCUGGAGUGGACUGUCUGACGCUGGGGCAGUACAUGCAGCCCACCAAACGCAAUCUCAAGGUGGAAGAGUACGUUACUCCUGAGAAGUUUGCUUACUGGGAGAAGGUUGGCCAGGAGAUGGGCUUCGUCUACACAGCCAGCGGGCCGCUCGUGCGCACCUCUUACAGAGCAGGUGAGUUCUUUUUGAAGAAUCUGCUGGAAAAGAAGAAGACUGAAGGAAGCAUAGAAGCAGCAGAAUGAACUCUAUAUAGAGUCUCUCACUCUAUAUUCACACCAUAUAAACUGUAUUAAUAGAAUAUUCAUCCAAAAAUGCUCAAUGCUGUAUUAAUUUACUCUCCAUCAUGUCAUUAUUUUUCUGUGUAACACAAAAGAAGAUUUUGAAUCGUACAGCUUUGGAACGACAUGACGACCGAAUUUUCAGUUUUGGGUGAGCUGUCCCUUUAAGAAUACAUAUUACAGAAUAAAAUUCAUUGUGUUGCAGUAACACUAUAAACAUGAUAUUUAAAUGAACAUGAUGGGUUGUUUUAGAAAUGGAAUAAAGGUCUCUAUAUUGUGCAUCAUUUAAGUGAUAUAAAUAGAAUAUAUUUAAUUAAAACUUAUCAAUUAUG